CAGGCCGUAUCCCUCAUGAACAAUCAUACUGUAAAACACCAAAGACUCCGCCAUAUUUACAGCAACGCCACAACUUCAGUAUCCAAGAUGGCGGCGCCCGUAAUGGAAACAUGCCACAUAGCUUGCUCUACCAAUAGAACACCAAAAGUAGUUUCUUGGAGUCGAGGUGGGAUCCUAGCUUUUGGGACAUGUAAUUCCGUGGCCCUUUACGACCCACAGGAGAGAAAAAUUGUCGAUUUGCUGAAUGGGCACACAAGCAGAGUGAAUGCAGUCAAGUGGAUUCACAGAGAGGACUGUGCUCCAGAGUCUCAUCUUGUCUCAGGAGCCUCAGACAAUCAGAUCAUCGUCUGGGAGGCACAGAAUGGGAAGUUCAUACAGACCGUUCAGUGUAAGGGCCAUACUAGUCCAGUUUGUGCUGUGGAUGGCAUCUAUGUGGAAGACUCCAAGAUCCUGGUUGCCUCCUCAGCAUCUGACUCCACUGUCAGACUGUGGCUGUGCAAUAGAGCCAAAGAAGCUGAGUGCCUCCAUACCUUGUCAUUUGGCAGCUGUUUCAUGAUGGAUGUGUCUCUGGCACUGUUGCCAGGCAGCAGAGUUCCCAUACUGGCCUGCGGUGGUGAUGACUCUCGGGUGCACCUGUAUGUGCAGUCCAGCGGACAGCUCCAGAAAGCCAUGCAACUGCAAGGACAUGAAGACUGGGUGCGGGGCGUGGCAUGGGCAUCUCUAGGUGGGGAGCUGUUAUUAGCCAGCUGUUCGCAGGACUGUCUCAUCAGAGUAUGGAGGCUGUGCGCCAAGUCUGGGACAGACGCCCACGCAGGGGACGAUCACACCAUCAUCAAAAUGAAAGAGGACGUUUUUGAAGUCAAGGAUAAGGAUGUGUCCUCAGUGUUUGCUGUGGCUCUUGAGACGGUUUUGGCUGGCCAUGAAAACUGGGUCUAUGGAGUUCACUGGCAGCCUCCUUUCUACAAAGGUGGCAAGCUGCAACAACCUCUCAGUCUGCUCUCUGCCUCCAUGGACAAAACCAUGAUCCUCUGGGCUCCUGAGGAGGGAUCUGGAGUCUGGGUGGAGCAGGUGCGCGUUGGGGAGGUUGGUGGCAACACUCUAGGCUUCUAUGGCUGCCAGAUGAGUCCAGACGGCUCCAUGAUCGUGGCUCAUGCUUUUCACGGAGCGCUGCAUCUCUGGUGCAAAGACCAGGAUGAAGAGGGAGAGUGGAGACCCGGGGUUGUGAUCUCGGGUCACUUUAAUGAGGUCCAGGACCUGAGCUGGGAUCCUGAGGGUGAGUUCAUCCUAAGUGUGGGCUCAGACCAGACCACCAGGCUGUUCACUCCUUGGAAAAAACAAGAUUCAAAGCAGGCAACCUGGCAUGAAAUCACUCGGCCUCAGAUCCACGGAUACGACAUGCAGUGUCUAGCGAUGGUGGGAAGGUUUCAGUUUGUGUCUGGAGCUGAUGAGAAGGUGCUGCGGGUGUUUCAAGCACCUCGGAAUUUUGUGGAGAACUUUGCAAACAUCUCUGGGACUUCCAAAGAAAAGCUACUGACGUCUAGUGAUUCUGACAACCUCCCAGAAGGAGCCAGCACACCUGCCUUGGGUUUGUCUAAUAAGGCUGUAUUUCAAGGUGAUCUUACCCCAAAAAACACUGGAGAAAAGGACCAGUUCAGCAGUGUGUCUGAUCAAUACCAGGAGUCCUACUUCCACCCGCUCAUCAUGACUGAGCCCCCACCAGAGGAUCAUCUUCUCCAGAACACACUCUGGCCCGAGGUUCAGAAACUGUACGGCCACGGCUUUGAGAUGUUCUGUCUGGCUUCAGACAGCACCAGGACUGUGGUGGCCUCUGCGUGCAAGGCGUCUAAAGCGGAGCACGCAGCCAUCCUGCUGUGGAGCACGGCAACAUGGCGUCAGCUGCAGUCGCUGUCAUGCCACUCUCUCACCGUCACACAGAUGGCCUUCUCACCCGAUGCACGACUCCUAUUGGCCGUUUCCCGCGAUCGCACAUGGUCCUUAUGGAGACGGGACCUGCCCACACUUGGAGGUCCAGAGCCACAGUUCUCACUGCACACACACACAGGGAAGGACACAGCCGUACACACCAGAAUCAUCUGGUCAUGUGACUGGAGCCCAGACAGUAAAUACUUUGUGACAUCCAGUCGGGACAAGAAGGUGAUCGUGUGGGGCCCGUGCAGACUAGAUGACCCCGGGGACUCUGUGCCUCCUCCUGAGAUUAAACCAACUUCUUCCAUUUUGGAUGUGGGCGAUUCUGCUACAGCUGUGGCUUUCUGUCCAGUACUCUGCUCUGAUAACAGAUACUUGCUUGCAGUGGGCCUGGAGAGCGGCAGGAUCUUGUUGUACAGGUGGAGCCCUGGUCAGGAGCCUGCUGGAGGACACGACUGGAGCAGAUGUGGAGAAACAGACUUUUCACAAAGUCACUCCCUGGCAGUGAAGAGGCUCCGCUGGAGGCCCCGCACUGGCUUAGUAGGUCUAGAGAAUAACAGGAAGGACAGACAGACUGAGGGAGAGAGUGAAACCGAGGAGGAGAGCUCCUGGGUCCAGCUUGCCAGCGCCAGUGCCGACCACUCUGUCAAAAUCUUCAACAUCAACCGACGGGCUCUUUAGCACCACCAACACUGACACUAUUAUGUCUCUGUGACACAGAGAGACACUCAGACUGAGGGCCACAGGCCGCUCUGUGGCACUGAGGCCACAGCUGCUCGCUGGCAAGCCAUCCCCUUCCUGUGACAGCCAGUUAAGUCAUGGGUCAGUAUCAGGACAGACCUACAGCAGUUGUGCCCUGCAGUCUGUCUGAGCGCAGCUGAACCGAUCUGAAGGGUGGGGGAGAGAUACUGAAAACACCAAGACCCCAGGGAGCUACUCUGCUUAGACACUUCAAAGUGUUUUAGAUUCAGAGAAGACAAUGCUUCUGGACAUCUACACACAUCACAUAUUCAGACUGGAUAUCCAAGUUAACAAAUGUAUUCUGAACAGUUGCUUUUCAGUAACAAAUCUGGUUAUCAUCAUCACACUAGUCUCUCUGGUUAUUUGGGAUUUUAUUAAUUGCACAGAUUUAUGGUGGUUAUUUGUUUUUAUUACAAAUUAAUUAAAUGUUUUCUAUAGCUAAA